GCUGUCCUUCCCGACCUUCUCUCUUACACCCCCGUCCCCGUCUCGCCUCCAUACUUCUUCAACAUGUCAAAAGUAAAAGACUUUGAUGAGAAGAACCAACCGGGCUACGUGCUCGGGACAGAGGUGGACGUUUCCAGUUCUUUCGACACUAUCAACGCCUUGGUGGCCGAAGGUAUACAAAUCGCAAUUCCCAUCCCGGCAUGUCGCAUGUUGCUGAUGUUUUUCUUGUGUUUUCGGAUGUGCCCGGUAGACCAUGAGCACGAAAUCAAGCUUCGGACGAUGUCCUGGCAAAAAACUGCCUGUCUCUUGGCCGGAGACCAGGUCUGCUUAGCCAUCAUGGCCCAGUCGUGGUCGCUCUCGGUUUUGGGAUGGGUGCCCGGUAUCAUCACGAUGGUUCUCGCGGGCGUGCUGUUCUGGAUUACCUCCAUCACCAUGCACAAAUUCAUCAUGAAGCACCCGCAGAUCAAGGAUAUUUGUGACUUUGGGUACUAUGUAUUCGGUCAAAGUCGAGCCGCCUAUGUCUUCUCCGCGUUCAUGCUGCUUGCCAACAACAUCCUGCUUAUUGGCUUCCACGUCUUGACGGGGGCCAAGGUGCUCAAUACUCUGUCCGGUCACACUUUGUGCACGGCUGUGUUCUCGGUUAUCGCGACCAUUAUGGGCAUUGUGAUGUCGGCGCCGCGAACCCUACGGCAUGUCAGCUUCAUGUCCAUGUUUUCCUCCGCUUGUAUGGGAAUUGCCAUUCUGCUCUUCCUCGUCUUUGCCGGUAUCGAGACGGCCCCGCUGUACGGCUACAAUGGCGACUAUCCAACUGACGGACCUGUGAAAACCUACGCAUUCCCUCUGCCUGGCACAACCUGGGUGGCAUGCAUGAAUGCUGUCCUCAACAUCACCUUUCUCUGGGUCCCGCAAAUCCUCUUCCCCACCUUCAUCGCCGAGAUGGAGCGGCCCCAGGACUUCCCCAAGGCCCUGGCCGUGCUUGCUGCAAUCUCAGCAAUUCUGUUCAUCGUGCCACCCGCCAUCGGGUUCCGCUACCUGGGCCAGUACUCCACAGCCCCGGCCUUCGGUAGUCUCGGCGUCGUCGCAUACAAAAAGGCUUCCUUCGGCUUCGUGAUCGUGCCGACGCUGAUCAUCGGCGUGAUCUACGCCAACGUCACCGCCAAGUUCAUCUAUAGCCGCACUAUGGGCAGCUCGCGACACGCCCACAGCAACACCGUCAUCGGCUGGGGCGUCUGGGCCAUCAUCAUGACCGGCAUCUGGCUGCUGGCCUUCGUCUUCUCCGAGGUCGUGCCCAGUAUGGGCGACUUCCUGUCGUUGCUCAGCGCUGCCUUCGAUUCCUUCUUCGGCUUCAUCUACUUCGCCAUCGCGUACUGGCAGCUCAAUCGCGGCAGCCUGUUCUCCGGCGUCAAGGCCACCACCAUGACCCUCGUCAAUGUAUUCAUCAUGGUGUGUGGCCUGUUCAUCCUCGGGCCAGGCCUGUACGCUGCCGUUGAGGCGAUCAUUGCCGACUACUCGGGCCCCACCACACCCGCGUUCACCUGCGCGAACAUGGCUAUCUGA